UAGCUUAGCUUAGCUACGUUAGCUUAGCUUAGCUACGUUAGCUUAGCUAAGUUAGCUGCUACCGCGGCUAGCAACAGCAACUCAGCCCCCAGCUCGAGUUCCUGUGACUCAACUUCGGUGAACCGGGGCGAUGUGUGUGCCAUGCGUCUGCUGAACCGGUCGAUGGCUUCGCCGCAGCAUAGAGACGACUAGACCCACCACCACCUCCUCCUCCUCCACCCCCUGGAAGUUGUUUGCGACUGCGGCCCGCACGAUGUCCGGCUCCCCGGGCACAGGUGGCUCGAACCCCAGGAAGUUCAGCGAGAAGAUCGCGCUGCACAACCAGAAGCAGGCGGAGGAGACGCGGGCCUUCGAGCAGCUGAUGACGGACCUCACCGUCUCCAGGGUGCAGUUUCAGAAGAUCCAGCAGCUCCGUUUGUCUCAGCCACGGGUGCAGUACUACGGAGGCUCCCUGCCCAACGUCAAUCAGAUCGGCAACGUCAGCAAUGAGUUUCAGGGCGGCUUCCCUUCGGGCUUGGACUCAGUUAGAGGGACCCGCCACCAUGGGCUGGUCGAGAGGGUCCACAGGGACCGCAACCGGAUCAACUCUCCCCACCGCCGACCCAUCGACAAGCACGGGCGGCAGAUGGAGAGCUCUCCGUACGGCGCCGUGUACCUGUCCCCGCCGCCGGACAACAACUGGAGAAGGGAACAGCAGCCAUGGACUGAGGAAAAACGGCCUGGGUUUAGAUUAAUAUCACAACUCAACAGAACCAACUCGGACUCUGCUCUGCACACGAGCGCGAUGAACCCCAACCCUCAGGACCCCUUCGGCAUGAACCAGCAGAUGGGUCGGGGGCUCCAGCAGCGUAAUGGCUGGCACUCAGCCGGCGUCAACGAGGUGGAGGUGGACGGCUCCGGAGACAUCUUCUCCUUCCCCGUGCUGUCAAACGAGGAGAGUCUCAUAUGUGGCAGUAAGCCUCUUCCCAAGCAGCUGUGGGAGGCCAAGAAGGUGAGACCGCCGCUCAUCUCUACUUCCUACAUCAAUGACACGGUCCAGUCUCUGACGUCGAGACCUAAAUCCUGUGAAGUGCCUGGAAUCAAUAUAUUCCCGUCCCCGGAGCAGAACCCCGGUCUGUCCCACUACCAGGGCUCGUUGAACAGCGGCGGUUCUCUGCCCGACCUCAGCAACCUGCACUUCCCCUCCCCCCUCUCCACGCCGCUGGACCCCGAGGACAACGGCGGAGGCUACCCCAACCUCAGCGGAGGCAGCAGCACCGGCAACCUGCCCGCCGCCAUGAUGCACCUGGGCAUCGGCAACUCGCAGGGACUCUCCUCCUCUCUGAGCAACCCCUCCAUUCAGGCGUCGCUCAACAAUUGCCAGCUGCAGUCGUCACUCAGCAACCCCUCCAUCAACUCGUCGCUACGUCUGUCCGGCAAUUCCCCACGGCGACGGCCCGCCCCCAUCAGCCCCCUCACGCUGUCCCCGUGCACCGAGCAGCGCCGCAGCCUGGCCAAGCAGCUGUCCCCCACCAUGUCGCCGUCGCUGUCCCCCAUCACGCAGGGAGUUGCUUUGGAUACCAGCAACAUGCCGAGGGAGCCGCCCCCACCCUACCCCCUCUACCAGCAAUCCCAGCAUGUAGUGGACCAGGGCCGACAACGCCAGCAGCAGCAGCAGCAGCAGCAGCAACAACAACAACAACAACAACAGCAGCAACAGCAGCAACAGCAGCAGCAGCAACAACAACAGCAGCAACAGCAGCAACAGCAGCAACAACAGCAACAGCAGCAGCAACAACAGCAACAACAACAACAACAACAACAGCACCAACAGCAGCAACAGCAGCAACAGCAACAGCCCAUUUCCCCACUGGAUUUCAACACCAGCCAUCACAACAACAUGGCAGCACUUUUCAACGACCCCUUCAUGGAGCUGCAGUUCUCCAAUCGCCAGAGCAAGACCCUCGCCUACCAGUUGGACCAUUUCGGUCUGUUGGAGAACGCGAUGUGCUCCACGGCGGGCGGCUCCUGCUUCGACCCGUCCUCCUCGCUCUACUACUCGCAGGCCGCCCUCUCGGGCCUGGGCGGCAGCCACGGCAGCCUGCAGGACCCCAUGCACAUGAGGUCCAACAUGUUGUACUCCAACUGCAGCGGAGGACUCCCCAACAUCAUACUCACCGACGACUCCAACCCCAGUCUGUCGAAGGACAUCAGCAGCGCCCUCUCCACGGUGCCCGAGUGCUUCGACUCGGAGGGCGGCUUCCCGCUGGAGGACGAGCUGCGCAUCGAGCCGCUCAGCCUGGACGGCCUGAGCAUGCUCAGCAACCCCGACAUGGUGCUGCCCGACCCGUCCGUGGAGGACACGUUCCGCAGCGACAGACUCUGAACGUGGAGGCGUGUCGGAACGAAAACAAACACACACACACACACACACACUCACGCGCACGUGGAUUUGCAGUGUAUAAAUAGUGUAAAAAUCUGAACGUGCAUGCUAACGAGCUCUGAGCAUCCGCAUCCGCCGCCACUAAGAUUCAUCAAAUGUGAAAGACACUGUCGUGCAAACUUUCUGAAAAGAGGAGACUUGUGAACAAACACUUUUCACAACUCACACACACACAUACGCACACACACGCACACACACGCACACACACACGGACACACACACGGGCCGAGCGUCUGCCCCCCUCCAACCAAAAAAGACUCACACACGUGAGAGGCGACGCAGCGACGAGCUGUGAGUUCCUCCCGUUUCAUUUCUCUCUCUUCUCUCAUCAUCACACAGCUCUCCUGAAGCCAUGGCGACCCCGUUGCCAUGGUUACGCAGCAUAGCAACCCCCCAUCGCUGUGCCGACGCGCAAUGUAACUAUUUUUCUCGCAGUUCCCAGUAUAUCAUGGAAUCAGGGGGGGGGGGGGGGGGGAGACAUCUGGCGGAUCGUUUUUUUCCUCAGGUGAGAUCGGAUCCAGCUGUUUCCCCCGCGGCUGCUUCAGACUCUCACGCAAAUCAUGGGACAAAUGAAGACUGAAGGAAUUUGAGCUUCUUUUUUUCUUUUCUUUCUUUUGGAAUUUUCUUUCUUUGGUAUCAGAGUAUUUUUUAAAAUGUUUGCCACAGAUUUAUAAAAAUAAAUAUAUGUAUACAUAUAUGUAUACUCACACAAAUAUAUAUAUAUAUAUAUAUAUAUAUAUACCAGCUUCAAUUCCACUGAUUAGAAUGUGUUUUAAAGUGUAGACAAAAAAAGGGCAAAGUGUUUACAGAGAUGAGAUUUUAAUAAGUAAAUAUUACUGAAGAAUCUAGGUUUGUUUUUUGAAUUUCUAAUUCAGAAACACAACCCUAAAAUGCAUUGAAUGAAUAUUCUAUAUUUUUCGUGGCGAUGUGGAAGAUUUCCUCGGCAGCACUGGGACACGUGUCCAAAAUGUUUUGACACGUUUAAAAAAAAAAAAAAAAAAAAAAAAUCACAGCUAUGUACAUUGCAUAUGUUCUGUUUUUAACAAUUUUUGUACUGACUUGUUAUGGCGCUUUUUGAAAAAUCUUGUUGUGAAUAAGGGUAUGUGCCCCCCCCCCCAUCUCUGUGGCAGCGACUCCGCCCCGCCCCCCUGUGGCCGAGCAGUGAAAGAGCAGACUGUCACCGCGUGGACAUCGGACACAAUGUAACGUUGCACUUAAAACUCUUUUUGCACUAAUUGGUUCACGUUGUGUGGAGACGGAUAUUUGUUUUGUUUUUUUUACCUGACAACCCAAAGAAAUUAAGCCAUUAAUAAAUAACAAAAUGAUGUGAGUAAAUAUGAGCAGUCGUUGCACAUACACACAGUUUCAAAGUUACAGGUGAUUAUGUAACUGACUGGCGCAGGGUAAUCCCAGCGCCCCCUGCUGUCCGUUUGAAUACGUUCAGAGCUAUUUUUCAAUAUUGCUUAUAUGAAAAAAUGAUUUAAAGGAUUUGGAGCAAUCCCCCCUUUUAUCUAUGUAACGUUUUUUCUUUUCUUUGCUCGUGCGACCUGUUGAACAGGUGUGACUUGUACACGAUGCAGUGGAAACGUGGCUCUUCUUCUUCUUCAUGUGCACAAUGUGCCGGGGAUCAAAUUUUUCCAGAAAUCACAAUAUUACAUGUGUCCAGUGUCCACAGUGAUGAGUCACAGGAGGGUUUCAAUUUAUCUGAUCUACGGUCAGAUUAGAAAAAAAAAAAGAAGCAUCUGAGGAGGGGGGGUCGAGGGGGGGUUGAUAGCAUGAGGCUAUUUUUUGUUUAUAUUCAGUAAAAACAUUUGUAUCUGCUCCGUCGUUAACUGGAGUGACGGAGCCACUUUGCAGUUUAAUGUUCCUCUGUUUAUAAUAUAUAUAUACAGUACAUAUAUAUAUAUAUAUAUAUAUAUAUAUAUAUAUAUAUAUAUAUAGUCGCUCCCUCCUCUGUCGCAGUCCAAACGCCUUCUGCUGCCUUAUUACUUUGUUGUAUGUUGACUUUUCAUAUUCCAGCAGCACCGACUCGUCGUCACUUCCCCUGUAGCUCAGAUCUGUUUGGUACUAACGGCCUGUGGUUGUUUUCCAUCUUCGAGUUUCUUUUUCCUUUUUUUUGUUGCAUAUUCAAAAGAAAUGUACAGUUCUGUUAUUUAAAAAGAGUAAUGUUUUUGUCCACUAGUGUUACUACUUUUGUUUUUGUCGUUUUGUUUUGUAUUGGUUUUUUUUUUCCUUCAAGUCAUAAACUUUUCUUAGUUAGUAUCAUAUGUUAUAGUGCUUCUCUUUCUGAUUUAAUAUAAACAAUAAAACUCUAUACUGUG